GGUGAGUUCAUUACGCACACACAGACUUGGACUCUGCCGCCACCUUUGCAGGAUCUCAGAGUGUCUGUUUGCUGAGCGGAGAGCAGGGUCUGCCUGUCUGCUGCAGACAGAAGAAAGCACCUCUUCCCGUCCUCUCUUGCCAACCCGUGCCAUCAUGGGGAAAGAGAAGAUUCACAUCAACAUUGUGGUGAUCGGCCAUGUUGAUUCUGGGAAAUCAACCACCACUGGGCAUCUCAUCUACAAAUGCGGAGGAAUUGACAAAAGAACCAUUGAGAAGUUUGAGAAAGAGGCUGCUGAGAUGGGAAAAGGUUCUUUUAAGUAUGCCUGGGUCCUGGACAAGUUGAAGGCUGAGCGGGAGAGAGGAAUCACCAUAGACAUCUCACUCUGGAAGUUUGAGACCACCAAGUACUACAUAACCAUAAUAGAUGCUCCAGGACACAGAGACUUCAUCAAAAACAUGAUCACUGGGACAUCUCAGGCGGAUUGUGCUGUUUUAAUUGUGGCAGCUGGAGUGGGUGAAUUUGAGGCAGGCAUUUCCAAAAAUGGCCAAACAAGGGAACACGCCCUGCUGGCCUACACACUUGGCGUCAAGCAACUGAUCGUAGCCAUCAACAAGAUGGACUCCACCGAGCCUUCCUACAGUGAGAAACGCUAUGAUGAGAUCGUCAAAGAAGUGAGCGCCUACAUCAAAAAGAUUGGUUAUAGUCCAGCUUCUGUACCCUUCGUCCCCAUUUCAGGCUGGCAUGGCGACAACAUGCUGGAACCAUCUUCCAAUAUGCCAUGGUUUAAAGGCUGGAAGCUGGACAGGAAGGAGCACCAUGCUGGUGGCGUUACUCUAUUGGAAGCUCUCGAUACCAUCAUGCCUCCAACACGGCCCACAGAUAAACCCUUACGUCUUCCCCUACAAGAUGUCUACAAGAUUGGAGGAAUAGGGACUGUGCCAGUGGGCAGAGUGGAGACAGGGGUCCUGCGGCCCAGUAUGGUGGUGACCUUUGCCCCAGUCAACAUCACUACAGAAGUUAAAUCAGUGGAGAUGCAUCAUGAGUCCCUAAGUGAAGCUCUUCCAGGAGACAAUGUGGGCUUUAAUGUAAAGAAUGUGUCCGUUAAAGACAUCCGAAGAGGUAAUGUUUGUGGGGACAGUAAGUCAGACCCGCCUCAGGAAGCAUCAGGGUUUACAGCACAGGUCAUCAUUUUGAAUCACCCUGGACAGAUCAGCGCAGGUUACUCUCCUGUCAUAGACUGUCACACCGCUCAUAUCGCCUGCAAGUUUGCUGAACUCAAGGAGAAGAUUGAUCGCCGCUCAGGCAAAAAGCUGGAAGACAACCCCAAAAGCCUAAAGUCUGGAGAUGCCGCCAUUGUGGACAUGAUCCCUGGAAAACCAAUGUGUGUGGAGAGCUUUUCUCAGUAUCCUCCACUGGGACGUUUUGCUGUCCGAGAUAUGAGACAAACCGUUGCAGUCGGUGUCAUCAAAAGCGUGGAGAAGAAGAUCGGCGGCAGUGGGAGAGUGACCAAAUCAGCUCAGAAAGCUCAAAAAUCUAGCAAAUGAAUCUGAAUCUCCAAGAUAUUCACCUCAGGCCCCAUCCCAGCUUACAUGCCUCUCUCAUCUGGGCAUGCUCAGUCAGUUCCUUCCCUGUGUGCUUGAAAUAUAUGCUCAAACCAACUGGAGUUUAAUGGACUGAAGGAUAAUAUUAAAAAACUGACAUUUUGACUGGGUGCACUGUAUAUUCACUUUUAAUAGCAGACGUUGCAUACACACAUUGCAUGGAUGUUUGCACGGCAUCUGUUUAAUGAAUGUAGCUGGUAUUGUUGAGUGUGUGCGCGUGUGUGGAGUUGACAGAAGAAAACUGCACUUUGACCAUUAAAAUAAAGUGGAAAGCAAACUGCUGA